AUGGUCCCCGAGUACAUCGGCGAGCUCGAGUACUGGGAACAACAUGACGCGGAGGAAAAGGGAACUAAAUCAACACUGCAAAACUCUGAGAUAUCUAGUGAGAUCUAUGGCGAACUUGAGGCCAUGCUUCCGACAAGCUAUGAAGCCGGCCAUCUCAGAAUUGUAGUCCGAGCCCAUGCCAUCAAGGUUGUCAGAGACUCGAUCGCCGAGGGCCUGCUAGACGACGCUUUUUCGAUGUUGCUCAUCAAGCUUUGCUGCAGGACCAAGUCUUUCAGAGAGGGCGAGGAGCUGCUGCAAGAACUCACCGAUCGUUCUUAUCCAAAGCCCAGAGGCGCUGAUAGCACCUUCGAUGAGAGCCGGAAGCUCGCACCCCUCAAAACGUCGAGGGACUUCGCGAGGGAGUCUGGUAGACCACAAUUCAUGCAACGACAGCUCACCAGGUUGUUGACACAAAAAAAACUGCCACUUCUUUGGCUGUCCACAAAGGAAUUCGACAGUCACAAGGGCAACAUUGUGUCAGGAGCGUUGGCUCGAACCACAAGCGGCCAGGAGAGCAUGGAGGGUAGGCAACACUACGAAGCAGUUACGUCCCUCAUCGGCGCCAUUGCGCAGUGCUGUGGUCGAGGAUCAACACAACCGUCGCACUACUAUCUCAACAGGCUUUGCGAUCAGCUCGAGCACGAGUUCUCUUCCGACGGAACACCGAGAACCUUGCGGAUGGACUGCGCGUUCGUUCUGGCAGAGCGGACCAAUGAUCUCCGUGACCUCGCUUUCGCUGAGUCGCUUGACGCAUCCAUGAGCAAGCAGCAAGUCAUUCCGACGCCUCGGAGGAAGUCCGCCUCGUCAGCCUACCGCUGGGACGAAGACAUAUGCGAGUGGAUCACCGUCACUCCUGCGCCAAUGCAGCGACAACGACGAAGCUUAUCAUCCAGUCUGUCGCCCCCUCCGGAACAGAAACAUGGUUCCGGCGGGGGCCAGGAAGCAGACUCGGCGAAACACCUUCGGCCGAAACACAGGCAGAAACUUGCUCGCGGUGUAACGACAACAACUCACCCAGGUUCUGCCGACAAAACGUCGCGGCGGCUCCGCAGCGGCACACCACUGGGCAAGCGGAGCUGGGAAGCCCAUCAAUCGGUCGAUCUGCUGGAUGAUGACGGCGAUGGUGAUGUCGAAGGCCCAGGCGCCCAGCGCAACAGCAAUGAUGAAAAUGGGGUGUUUGCUCGCCAGGAUGGUGCGAAGAAGCGUCGCACCACAGCUUUGAAGCCAUCUCGGGCCAUUCUGAAAACAAUUACCAAUAUUUCUCGCGACGGCGAGUGCAGCGAGGACGAGCUCGGCCUCUGA